AUGUCUACAUGUUUGCCGAUUGUAUUGGUGUGCGCAUUCCUUGCGAUGAACACGUGUUCAGCCAUUGGCGACUUUGACCAAGUCAAGACGUCAUGUUCAAAUGCGUGUCAAGUCACCGUUGACCUCUGCAAGGCCGCAGCCCAAAGCUCUGAUGCCAAGGUCACCACCAACUGCGACCUCAUGACGGCAACUGCCCACAACGUCACGAGCCACCAAUGUCUAGUUAAAAACGGAUUGUGCACCCAAAACGAAUUUAUCAAGCUGAAAAACGCAGCUUGCAACGAAUCGGUGGAAGCAAAGUCUGUCGAAUCGAGCAAAGUUCCACUGUAUAGCACAACUAUAAGCAAAUCCUGCCUCACCGUUACUUUAAAUUGUAUUCGAGAUUCCAGAGUGUCGACCGUGUUGAAGCAACAAGACCAAUAUUGUGAGAUGUUCAGACAUGAAAGGACCGCAAUCUGUUUAAACCAUACGUCAUGUCGCUCCGGCGAAGUCAUCGCUCUCAACACCGCCUCCUGUCAGAAUUCAUCCACAACAACAGGCGGCUUCUCUGCUGCCAUCAUAGCAAGCUCACGUUCAUACAAGUUCGGGCUGGACGGCUGCAGUUCUGGCGUGAGUGAAGUCGAAUUUUUGAUCCAAAGGGAGCAAUACUGCUCGGCGAUGAACGUCAAAAUCAAGGGCUAUCGAAGUCCUCACGAGUGUCUCGUUGACGACCAGAGUUUCUGCACGCAGUCAGAGUGGG